CAAAUAUGUAACACCCAUAUUCCUCAAAAUAAGUUUGCCAUCAUUAUAAAAUUAGUUGCAGUAAUUAUAUAUAAAUAUAUUAUUAAAAGCAUUAGGUUCUUCCCAUACAUUUGCAGAACAAAUUGGAGUUCUGCACACCAAGUGUCACCCUGGCCAAGCCUGACUGUUGCAUGCUUUGGGGGAGUGAAAUAGUAAUGUAACACAUAGUUUUGGUUGUGUUUCUCUGUGUGUAUGUCUCUCUACAUCUUUAUCUUUACAUCUCAAAUAAGUAUAAUUAAACAAAGAACAUUUUCAUUUCCAUAUGUUCAAAUAUGUUCAAAUUAAUAUGUUCAAAUUUUCUGUUCAAAGUCAUUGAUAAGAAGAUGAAUAUACAGGCCAACAUAGGGAGAAACUUUUUGAAAUUGCAUAUCUAAUAUAACAAUUCUAUCCAGAAAACUAAAAGAGCUCUCAAAAUUCCUUUCUAAGAUAAUAAAAUGACCCAUUUAUCAGGGAAGCUUAAAAUUCACCAUUUCAAACAAGUAGAAAAGCCUUGAGAUCUCUUUAAACAGCAGGUGGGGUGACUUCCUAACAGCCCUGAGAAAGGAAGGCUUGUUGGGACACAUUUUCUGCCUUGGUAUUUUCAUACACAUACAUGACUAUACGAGCGAUACAUGCUUAGGUGAUUUGGGGACACAGUGUGUGGUAUCAGUGCAGGAUCUAUAACUAUAAGACUGGCAGAUGGGUAGGUUGUCCCCACCAGUGGGGGUCUUGUGCCUCAACCUAGCUUAGGCCCCUGGAAGGCAGAGUUCCAAAGAUUCCGUGACACGCUCCACCUUCUAAUUCUGCGAUGGCAACGGCAGACCGUUAGCUGCCACACAACAGCCAGUCCUAGCAGAGACUGAGCUACAGGCAGUGCCUUGAAUCUAGGCUUUGGCAGUUUUAUCCUUGUUUGUCCAGUGAAGAACUUCCCAGUGUUGUCGGGCUGUGGAUCAGGUGUUUCACAUCAUCCCUGUUGUCCUGCUGUGACACACCAUCAGCAUGGCAGGAUCCCACAGCCCUGCAUCAGAUCCCGUGGCAGAACUGAACGACCUCGAAUGCCAGCAAUUGCGAUCCCAGCUGGCAAAGAGCCAACAGGACUGCUGGGAGCUCCAGGAGAAGUUUCUCAUAGCUGAGGCUACAAACUUUGCCCUGGCCAGGGAGCUGAAAAAAUACAAUUGUGAGAAGUUUAAAAACAUCAUUGAGUCCAUACUGACCAAGAAGCUCCACUUGGAGGAGCCGCUGGCAGAGAAGCCCACGGUCCCAGAGCUGCUCAGGCAUUGCCGUGGCAUCCUUGAAGAACAGGACCAAGAACUUUCCCAGUUACAUCCAAAGGUCCAAAGGGGGAGAAAUCUAGCCCACAUCCUGCAGCAGUACCUGAAGGACGUGCUCACCGUGCAUGACCCUGAGACCUGUACGGGGCAGGGCUUCCGACGACUGCUCACUGAGGCUGUCCGGCUGUCAGCGAGCCUUGAGGACCUGCUUGGAGCAGAAAAUAUUGAAGAGGAGGAAACACCAGCACAAGGACCUAUUGCUGACAGGGAGCUCUUGGAAGUGGAUGAAAUGGAAACCCCACAAAGUUCACAGCAGGAAACAUCUAUCACUGGUGCUGCUGACCACCUGCCCAGUGACUCCUGCCUGCCUGAGGGCACUGUGCAACUGUCUCCUGAUGCUGAGGACACCCACGGUGUGCUAGGUGUAGACGGGGAACACGCUUGUUCGCACAAGAAAGAAGAACCUGUCACCGUUCUCACAGAAAAUCAAUAUCAUGAAGUGGAGGUACAAGAGCAAGUUGUCACAUGCACUUCCAGCAGGGAGCUCCCAGAGGAGCAAGAGCAGGAAGACCCAGAUGAUUCGCUGGACGAGUGCUACCUCACUCCCUCGAUUUCUCCAGUCGUUUCUGAGCUUGACCAUUCCACGUGGAGCAGCUGGUGCUCCCUGGAGCAUCAGGACAUGCUCUCUGCUCCAGAUGCAGGUGAAAAGGAACAUGACAAUGAUGAAGUGCAAGAGGAAACACAAGCCCUAUCACACACCAGUCUCAUCAGGGAGAUUCCAGAGAUUGAAGAUCAAGAUGUCUCACAGGACUCUCACAGUACGUGUUUGACUCCUGCACUUCUUCCGGAAGCUUCUGACUGGUCCCAUACUAGGAGCACCUGGUCCUCACUGGAGAAACAGCCUGUCUGCUCUGCUCUUGUUGUAGACAAAAAUCAAUAUCACGAAGUGGAGGUACAAGAGCAAGUUGUCACAUACACUUCCAGUCUCAUCAGGGAGAUUCCAGAGAUUGAAGAUCAAGAUGUCUCACAAGACUCUCAUGAACUGAGUUUUGUUGCUGCCCCUGAGAGGAAGACCCGUUCCCAGCUGGAGGGAGGUCCUCACGAAGAUCCCAUCACCAGCAAGUGUGAGAGUCAUAGCAUCAGCCCCAGUGAUGUCCCAAGUACCCCAAAAGAAAAUGUUAUCAAAGGAAAAUGGAAGCCCAGGAAAUGCGAACUGGCCUGCAGGUUCCCUGGCCUGGAGAUGAAGGGCAAACCACAGCCCACAGAGAGGAAGAUUGCGUGCCGAUUCCCAGGCCAGGAGAUGAAGGGAAAACCACAGCCCAUGGAGUGCCACCUUGCAUGGAGAUUCCCUGACCAGGAGACGAAGGGAAAACCACAGACCAACAUGUGGGCACUGACCUUCAGAUUCCUAGGCCUUCACACCUAGACAGAGAUCCCAAGUACAGUUGGAAGGACAGAACAGUAUUGCUGAUUGUAACAUCCCCACCUCUUCCAAACAUCUAACACAGGAGCUCCACUUCAACAGCAACCAGAACACCAAGAACACAAUUUCAACACCAUGAACUGCCCUCGGCUAUUUUUAUCCACUAGGCUGCUUCCUUGAGAGCUGGCACAGUCUUCCACCUCCAGUCCGAGUGAACACCUAAGGAGACCCAGGCCUGACUCCACAGCUGCUCUGGAGAGAACACCACCUGGCUCCUCUCCAACUGCCUCCUGUAGAGAUCUGAGGUCAGGAGGAGCUGGAAGCAAACAGCAUAGGACCCUGGGCACACACUGCCUUUGGAUGGGGCGAGCUCGGUGUGGGCAGUGUCAGAGACACAGCGCCCUGUGCACAAGGCUGCAUGUGAGCAGAGGAGAGGAUAGGACUCUGCAGGAUGUGGACCCUGACCCAGACAGCUGGCCCUCUCCUUCACACAGCCAGCAUCCGCAUAGAGGACAGCAGGAGGAGGAGACUUUGGGGCUCAAAAGGACAGGAAGGGGCUCUUUCCUCCUUUUGAACCCCAACCAUCUCCCCCUUCUGCUGUCUUCCAUGAUGGGAACGCUGACUGUGUGAAGGCGCAGGCCAGGUGUCUGGCUCGGGGUCUGCAUCCUGAGGAUCUCUGAUGCUUUCCUCAAUUUUACACUCAGCCUCACUCUUUGGCCAAGCACCCGAUGCAGGGAGUGCUGUGUGCUCCCUCCCACAUCCCCACAGGAGGCAGAGAACAUCUUGUGUGCCCAUCAGGUCCCCUGACCCUGGCAUCGGUCAGUGGGUGAAAGCUGUCUGUUGAGCUGUACAUCCUAAAGAUGUGCUCCUUCCUCUGUAUCCUAACAACUGUGGAGAGGGUGACCCCUCAGAGCCUGAGCAAAAAGGGAGUGAGCAGCAGCCUGGCGGACGUCCGGUCAUCAACCCAGGAGGUGGCCAUUGAUGGGCGUGAUAACAGCAAGUUCAUGGUGAUGAAUGCAGCAGUGUGGCCGGGAGGGCCCAGGUGGGCGAGGUGGACUGAGCCUGCAUCAAGGAACCAGACACCUCUCUGAACACUCCUCUCUCCAUGUCCAGAGUCAGGCAGCACAGAUGCGGGCAGGACCUCGUCACGAGGACGCUCAUGUCUUACAGCUGCUGGUCCUGCCAACUCCACUCAGUGUUGCAGGAGAACUGGGGGCUCCUGAUGCAGGACGUGGGCCAAGGUAUCCAGAGCCCCAGCAAACAGCAAGGCCGUGUUCCUGCCGGCCUGAGGCAGCUGCAGGAUGAGGAGGGGCCAUAUGCCUGCCCCCCCCACCCUUGUCAUGGAAAACCGAGUCCUUGAAGAUUCUGGACUCCUGCUGCUUAGUAGUUGUUCCUGGUCCAAGAACAAACCGAGCCAAUGGCACCGCUGCCCUGUGGUGGACCUGUUUCUCACAGCUACCAUUCUUACUUCCACUGUCUGUCAUGCCUGUGAUGACACAAUUGUUUUCCUUUCAUGAAAAUUGGGAUCCUAGGGAGGGAAUUAUGUUUCCACCUGAGUGUGCCUCCUCUCAGUGUAACAGCUGCCUUAGACACCCUGUCAGCACAUCUUGGGCUCCUAAAAUCUACAACUUCUCAUUAAGAUAUCGCUGUCCAGGCCCAGAAGUGUCUCCAGUGUCCAGGAGUGUAACUGGAAUCUCAAAAAUUUAGAUUUAAGUCCCGACAUGUAUUCCCUGUUUUAGUUAAGUGUUUAUAAAAAGAAACAUUCCAAAAAAAAUUUAAAAAUUUGAAAAGAAAAAAAAAUUUAAGUAAAAAUAGAAAAGAAAAAUUGUACUGCUUGUUUUUUUAAAAGGAAAGAUUAAAAAAAUUUUAAAAAUUGUUAAAAAAUUUAAAAAGAAAAAAUUAGAAAAAAUGUCACUUAUGUGUUUUUGAAAGAAAAAUACUGAAAAACUUAAAAUUAAAUAUUUUAAAAACUUUAAAAACAAUAAAAAAACAAAAAAUAGGAAAAUAGUAAUAGGAAAAUUAAAAUGCCACUUCAUUUUAGU